CAGCGUUUUAGCUUCAUUUCGAAAGCAGCUCACCGUGUUCUCAGAUCAGUCUCUGAUAGUUCGGGACGCCGUGAGAUCCGUUGUUCUGACGAUUUGUGCUACCUCCCGUUAAGCAGAUAGGUAGCACAAAUCAUAGCGAGAAAUGCUACCCAUCAGAUUGUGCUACCAGCAUCUUAUUCGUGUGGUUGGAGGCUUUUUUUAAUGUCCAUAACUAACCCAACCCUAAACCUACUACCCACCCAUACCUACCUACCCUUACCCUAAACUCACCUUUAAAACAAUGCAAAUAUAUUUAUGGUAGCACAAUCUGAUAGGUAGCAUGUUUCGUCGGUACACCAGAUCCACAAAGUGCUUCUUUGAGUCUUACAGAGAUGCAUUCUUAAAAACAACAAGCAUGUAAAGCGUCUAUAAUGUGCCAUGAGAUCGACGAGCUGCCAGAGGGAGCCGUCAAGCCGCCAGCUAACAAAUACCCCAUCUUCUUCUUUGGUACCCAUGAGACUGCCUUCCUGGGCCCUAAAGACCUGCUGCCCUACAAGGAAUACAAAGACAAGUUUGGCAAGUCGAACAAGAGGAAAGGGUUUAAUGAAGGCCUGUGGGAGAUCGAAAACAACCCUGGCGUCAAAUUCACCGGUUUCCAGGUGAUGCAGCAGCAGAGCUCGUCUGAGACCGAGGGAGAAGGAGGGAACGCGGUUGAUGCCAGCAGCGAAGAGGAGGAGGGCAAGAUGAAGAGCGACAAGGUCGGAUCCAAGCGGAAAAAAAGCGCAUCCUCAAAGAUGUCAUCCAAGCUGUCCAGGAAGGGUUCGGAUGAAGAUCUGGAGAAGGAUGGCAAAGACGAGCAGAAGAGCGGAUCAGAGGGUGGUGACCAUGACAACAACAUCCAGAACUCGUCAGACAAGACAUGCAGUCAAGGGCAGAAUCUGUCGCUCCGGGAGGAUCACUAGAUGAUCGUCGGACACCGGCUCGUGACACUUAUAUGUGAUAUUGUAAAUGCAUCUUAUUACACUGAUCGCUUGCAAACUCCCACACAUUAUUAUCUGGUUCAGUCAAACACACACACACACGUACAGUCCAGGAGCCCCACUCAAACGACCGUCAUUCCUCUCUGCUGUUUUGAUUUAGAGUUUAGCUUUAGCCUCGGCGGCAGACGUUCAGAUCUCUCAGUCAUUCCUCUCCUGUCACGCUACAGAUUUCUUUCUUUCACAAUGAACAAACACAUUGUUGGUCAGACGUUCAUCUGUUAAACGACUUGGCCAUCUCUCACGCUUUUACGUAAUCAGAGAAAAAAGAGUGGAAACCGUAGAAUCCGUAUGAAGUAUCGUGCACAAACAGAGUCGCUGUAACUCAUUUAUCUCUGUACGUUUGAUUUGGGUGUAGAUUCUAGGAGCUCAGUACUAUUAUCCCGACGCUAGAGGUACUGCUCAUCUUUUUAAGACGUGAAAUAUCUGUUCGUGUGUCGGUGGGUUGGUUGUUUUCUAGCCUUUCUAGUGGCAUGCCGGCUUCUGUUUCCAUUCCGUAGCUCCGUUCCGUUCUGAUGAUGUUCUUCUGUCUGUCCGUUUCGUCAGACGGCGCCAAUCCCGUCCUCUUCCCGACGGAAAACGUGCUCUUGAUUUGUUACCUUUUUUUUUCUUAUCUUUGUUUAUAUAAAGAAUAUAUUCUAUUUAUUUUUGAUGAUAGUAGAUGACACAUCUGUGGUAAAUUCACCAAUGUGGUUUUCAUUUCGUUCCAAUUUUUAUUGCCCUCAUACAUGUUGCAUUUUCGAAGUUUGUAGCUACAUGUAAACUGUUUUUCCUGUUUAUUGACAAGAAUUUUACAGAAUAAACUCAUUGGAAUGCAAGUCU